AUGACUUCCCAGUGGUCUCCCCCUGCAGAUGACUUCAGUAUCUACUAUGUCCUCGCAGAGUGCACAGAUUACUAUGAUACCCUUCCAGUUAAGGAGGCUGAUGGGAACCAGCCCCAUUUUCAGGGAGUCACUGGCCUGAGGAACUUGGGCAACACAUGCUACAUGAAUGCCAUCUUACAGUGUCUCUGAAGCAUCUCACCACUGGUGGAAUACUUCCUCUCUGGAAAGUACAUCACUGCUCUUCAAAACGAUUGCAGUGAGGUUGCCAUGGCUUUUGCCUACCUGAUGACAGACAUGUGGCUUGGAGACUCAGACUGUGUCUCAACAGAAAUAUUCCGAUCAGCUCUUGGCAACCUCUACCCAAAAUUUACGAAAAAGACACAACAAGACGGUCAGGAAUUCUUGAUUUAUGUCCUAAAUGAACUUCAUGAAGCUCUAAAAAAGUACCACUAUCCCUGGAGGAGUUCAUAUGAGAAAGGAUCUACUCAGAGAUGCUGCAGGAAGUCAAUUACCACUGAGACAUCCAUCGUCACCCGGCUGUUUGAAGGGCAGCUCAGUUACCGCAUCAUAUGUUUAAAGAGUGAGAAAUGCACCUACAAGAACGAAGUUUUCACUCUCCUGUCACUCCCCAUUCCAUCCGAAUGUGAAUGCUCCCUUCAGGACUAUCUCCAAUGUUUUUAACAAGACACACUAACCUGAAACAACCAAAUUCACUGCUCCUUUUGUGAAACCAAGCAAGAAACCGCUAUGAGGGCCAGUAUUUCCAAAGCACCAAAAAUAAUUGUUUUUCACCUAAAAAGGUUUGACAGUCAGGGUACAAUGAAAAGGAAGCUGAGAACGGAUAUUCAUUACCCACUCGCUAAAUUGGACCUCACUCCUUAUAUUUCCCCAAUUUUCUGGAAACAUCCUAAAUACAACCUCUGUGCAGUGGUGAACAAUUUUGGUGAUCUAGAUGGUGGCCACUACGCUGCUUUCUGCAAGAAUUCGGUCACACAGGCCUGGUAUAGCUUUGGUGACACGGUCAGUGAGAUUCCAGGUACUUCCGUUCAAAACGCUACAGCCUAUCUCCUGUUCUAUAGCUGUCAGCCCUUUUCCAUACCGACACAAAAGUGUUAAAAGCCAGGAAAAUGGUGUUUCUGGAACACUGCAAAACAAGCAAUUAGCAUGUGGUGGUAGAGUUUUGUCAUUAAACUCUUACAACGGACUUGCAUCAUUAACAUUUUUAUGUCUUUCGGGAAUGUUAUACAACCUUUUAUCUUAACGUAAGUCUGUUGUCCAGAAGAGGGGUGCUGGUUCACUGGAAAAGGCAGUGUGAAGAUAAUGCAAUGCUAAUGGACAGAGGCCUUCAAAACACUGCAGAUUACAUAGUGAGUUCAGGUUUUAAAAUUCAGUGUUUAUCAGAAAAUAUCUCAUAUAUAGUCAACAAAUUAUUUUCCAAAGAUACUUCAUGGAGCUAAACAAAAAUAAUUUUUGUUCAAAUGGCUCUUUGAGUUUAAGAAUGUGAUCUGGAUAUAUCUGAUACAAUAAUUUAGCCAAUAAGUAAGUGGUAAGUUUCUUACACUAAUUGUAAAACAUGAAAAGCUUUCAGCUUCACAAUUUGAACCCCAUCCUUUCAUCUUCUCCCUGAGAGCCUGCUAAUGGUGAUCUCUUUCUGAAGUACUUUUAGAAUCUUAUUUUUAUAUGGAGUGUUUUACUGACUACACAUAUAGCAACUGAGUCCCUUGGU